AUGCCGGCUGGAGUCAAUCGUCCCACCGAUACGAAGUUGAAGGAGAAGGAUAUCAACCAAAAGCUGCAGCUAUAUGGCAUCUAUCAAGCCUUUAAGAGCGGAAAGCUCCCAUCGAACAAACAAUGCGACAUUGCCUUGAAUAGUGCCCUUAACUCAAAGGCACUCUCCUCGCCCCCAAAAGAGCUCUCGAAAGAAGGCCAAGUUCUCGUGGAAGAUCUUCGGUCGGUCAUUGAGCAGGCGAAGAAACUCAUUCUGAGCAAAAAUGAGGGCCAGUUGCUCCAGGAAUUCAUUUGGCAGGCCGAGCACAUCUCCCCGGAAGAUGUGCAGGAGAAACCGAACGUGCCCUUGGACAAGGAAUCGGCUCAACAGGAUGGCCAGCAGGCAUCUGAAGGACUGAAAACCUUGGGAACUCUCCUGAUCACCAACGGCGAAUUCAGAAAGCUCCUGAACGACGCUUGGAUUAUUGCUCGCGACAUCGCUGGUGACGCUUCGCAGAAGGCCGCCAACAAAGUGCGCCCGUCGGAAGAACAACUUUCUCAGAUCGACGAGCCGGCCGAGGAAAAUCUAUGGCAUGAGAAGCCGGAUCUCGCAAGGCACAAGGAGCAAUUCACGUCGCGCUUCAAGAAAGCUAAGCCUGCCGCCCAGCAACAAUAUGAGGAGAUAGGCGACACUGCCAUGCAAGCGGCAACAGGAGGUCGCAACCCCGAGACACCGGCUGAUUUCGAUGGUCGUGCUGGUGCUGUCGCAGGCGCCGAGGAAGCCAAGCGAAGAGUCUCCGACAACGUCUCUGAGAGCACCAAGUCUCGUGCGCGGGAUUAUGCCGAUCGCACCAAGGACUAUAUGGCGCAAAAGAUGCCCAAAGAGCGUCGCGAACAGGUCAUUUGGCGAUUGAAGAAAAUGGUUCUUGAAAUUCAAGGCCGUGCCGAUUAUCAGCAAGCUAUCCAGACCUUGCUUGACCUCGCUAGUAAGUAUGGCAGCACUGGCAGGACCAUGUCACAGCAGGGUGUUGGUACUGUUAAGGGUAUUCGGGGCGGAGAGAAGGUACAGACCAUGGAGACCAAUCUUAGGGUUUUGAUUGAACGGUUCGCCAACAGUACUUCCCUCGAUGACUUUUUCGACUCGCUAGAGGUCAUCUACAAGGAUGCGGAUAAGGAUCCAGAACUCAAGGGAUGGUUCAAAAACAUCGACACCUUUUUCCGGAAAACCCUCCAGGAGCAAGGCUACGUUAUGCAGGAGGACUGUGACCGACAAUGGGACCAAUUGGCCGAUCAUGGCCGUUAUCUGCUGCGUGAGCGAUACAGGGACCACACCAACCGUGUUCUCGAUGAAAUUAAAUUCAUUGGUGUUGAAUUCACCAAGGACCCGCAGAACAAGUCCUUCGCUGAUUCCAUGGACAAGCUUUUCCUGGACCUUGGCCGCGAUGCGAAUGGAAAUGUCGCUUUCAAGAGCCACUUGCUCAAGGAUAUCAGGGAUGUGAUCCUUCCAGGAGCGUUUGAGAACGUCCGAUACGUACCUAUUCCCCGUAUCGAAGUAUCCGACCCAAUGGCCGAUGUUGUUGUUGAGAAUUUGGUGAUCGAAAGUGACAACCUGAUGCCGAAUGUCGUGGAGUUCGGUAGUGACAACUACUUCCGCUGGGGCCGCAAGAAGAUCAGCAACAAGCACGACAAUAAGAUUAUGAUCUCGGUGUCCGGUAUCCAGGCCGACCUGAGAGACGUCAGCUACCACAUCAACAAGAAGCAGGGCUUCCCUGCCAUCACCGAUACUGGUGUGAUGGAUAUCUUCCUGGGUGGCGAAGGCUUCGGCUUCAAGAUCGCCGCUUCCACUGCCCACAAAUCCGACCGUCAGAACUUUGUUAAACUAGACAAGGUGACGGUCAAGAUCACCGAUCUGAACAUCAAGCUGAAGAAAUCCAACCACAAGGCUCUCUUCACCAUCUUCAAACCCAUACUCUUCCGCACGGUCCGCCCCGUUCUGCAGAAGGUUAUCGAGGAACAGAUCCGAGACGCUUUCACCCGCGGCGACGCCUUUGCUUACGAGGUCCACUCCGAGGUCGAGCGUGCCAAGAAGGCUGCUCUUAACGAUCCUGCCGACGCCCCCAACAUCUAUAGCCGGUACGUGGAUGCCGUCCGGGGUCGUAUGGAUGAGAAGAAGCGUCAAGCCCAGCAGGUCGCCCAGCGCGAUACCAAGGUUCAAACGGCAACAACCAUGCACGACUCCUUGUUCCCUGACAUCCACCUACCGGGCGGUGUCUCGUCCAAGGCCACUGAGUACAAGGAACUCGCCAAGAAGGGUGAUCGCUGGGAAUCUCCCAUCUUCACCAUCGGCUCCGCUUCGGAGUCCACGGACAUUCCUAGCCUUGCGGAAAUCACCCGCAAGCCCCAUUCCAAGACGCAGCCUCAACUGUCUGACGCAGGUCACACCAAUGGUACUACCGCUACUAACGGUGCCACCAACAGCGCGGUCAACGGCGCGGCCAACGGCGCGAGGAAAGCUCCAGGAAACACCGGCUCGCAUGGCUUCUCCGACGAGAUGGACCAGGCCUUCAGCAACGGUGCUAAUGCCUCGAAGACCCCUCAGCCGCAGGGACCGACUGUCCCGGGCUCGGAGACCGCUUUCAACCCUCAGACGGCGUGA